GAAGCGAGUGCUGCCAGGGUUUGCGGUGUUGACUCCAUGAUCGCUUUCUGCAUCGCCUCAGCAGGCCAUAUAGCCUUUGUCAGUGGUUUUAAAGGCCAUGUCUGAGCCAGCAAACAACAAGGUUCCUCGAAGAUCCUAUGGUGUCGCUUGCAUGACAUGUCGUCGUGCAAAGACCAAAUGCGUGAAUACAGGAACACAAGCUCAUCGUUGUGACCGUUGCAGCAGACUCGGCAAGGAUUGUGUAUAUGAGUCAAUCCGGCGUGUUCUGGGCCGCAAAAAUGACGCAGGCAAGGCACUUCGAAGAGACCAUAACCGACCUUUCAAUUCAAGCAGCGCUUCCUACCAAAUGGGAAUUUUAGGCCAUCAGUUGACAAACGCUGCUUCGGAAACCGCUGAUCGAUGGCUGGAUGAGACUUUCUACAGCGGUCCUCCUUCUCUAGACUCGCACACGUCAUUUGCAGCUGGCGCUGAUGUACCUUCAUUCUUGCCUCCGUCGUUCAUUACUCGGUCCGAGGAUGCUCGGGGACUGUCUUUGGACAGUGCUUUGGAUUCCACAAGCACGAACGUCGAAGCGACAUCCCAAGGCGACAACUCAUUGGACGCAGGCAAAACUAUUGAAUUGAUAUGGGAGAGAGAAGACCCAGUCAGUCUGAAACUCCUCAAUCGACCUGCGGCACAGUACCUCUAUGACGGGUAUUUCAAACAUUUCAAUGACCUUGUGGGACUUCUCGACCCGCAGCUUUAUACAUUCUCAUAUACAAGGCAGAAAUCAAGCCUAUUGUUCGGCAUGAUUCUAAGAAUCUCUUCCAAAGUCUUUCAACCUGUAUCUUAUACUAAGAUUCGAUCACAUACAGAACGCUUAUUAAGACAAGCAUUAGUAUCAUGCGAUUCCGCUAUUGAAACAGUCUGGGCUAUAAUUUGCUUAUAUCACUGGAAGGAUGUAAAUGACACUAGAGGUUACUCUUUGAUUGGCUUUGCGUUACGACUAGCUGCCUCUGCGCGAUGGAACAAGCUUCGGAAUAACAUUCCUGACGAAGAGGAAUCACAUCACAUCACCAAGACCGAAGUUGAGGUUAGGCAGCGAAGAGACGAAGCCAGAAUCUGGCUGGCUCUAGAGAACUUAGAUCGAACCGCAAGCUACCUUGCAGAUUGCCCUCUGAUAUCAAGUUUAAAUAAUAGAGACGCCGAACUCCGAUCAUGGCUUGGCUAUAACAAGUGGACCUAUUUAAUUGGGGAUGCCAAAGCCUUAGGAGGAUACGAGCUGCACAAGAUUGCUCAUCCUGCAUAUUCUAUGAUGAUGUUAACACGGAAAAGUCGAGAAUUCUCCCAUUCUAUAGAAGAGCUUCAAGGCUUCCAAGAAGAACUACAUACACUCAAUAUGGAAAUGGUUGCAUGGGCAGAAUCCUGGGAGCAGUGUUUUACAGAGACUCCAAACCCUCAACCAUUUCACUCCGCAGUCAUCCUUAUACAUAGAGAUUACAUACGCCUUUACUUCAAUUCUGUUCUCUUGCACCGAAUGCUCACUAUCGAAGACAGAGCCACUCGAAAUAUUGAUGUAUACACAACCCUCGAAGUUUGUUACAGCAGUGCACUGGUCAUUCUGCGGCAAAUCACCCAGAUUGGCAAAACCGGGGCCCUAUAUUACUUCUGGGACGCAGCACAUCUCAUGGUAUCCUAUGCGGCAAUGGUCCUCCCGAAGUUGUUGAAGCUAGGACUCCAAUUACCAGUCGUCUCAAUGCAUGAGGCGUUGGAAGCACUCCAUAAUGCCACAGCUGCCUAUUCUAAUGCAGCUGGAUUGCUUGGAGUGGCCAAACCACCCACCACAAGCCCGAGUGAUAGUUCUCUGGAAGCCCAGGCCCGCCUUCUCGAGUCCAUUCUUGCCAAACUCCGAUCAGAGGUGGGCUUCAAUAUAGACAAGGAAAGCAGAACAAACAUACAGUCAUCAACAACUAGCAGCACUAGCAUCGAAGAACAACCUGCAGGUAAAGUUACAACCUCAGUCUAUGACAACGGCAUACGUCUUGUUCAGGGAGAGUUACACAUGCAGGAUGGUAUAGAGUUGACACCCGAAGUCCGCAAUGAACCUGACUUCAUCUUCGAUUAUGAUUUCAUGAAUUCUAGAUUUAUAGAUGCUGGAUUGCUUUCGUGGGAUGAGCCAGGUAUUUUUCUGCAGCCACAUUGA